AUGGCCUACACGUGCCACCAUUCGCGUCCACGGCUGUCAAUCACCAGGUCCCGGCCAGUGAUUACCCACCGGCGCCCGAUGAUUGCUGAGGAUCUCCGACAGGGAUAAGGGUUGUUUUGUUUACUAACAGUCCUCCCUGACGGCUCGGGCAUACUGCUCUGGAUGGCUAGCAGUGUGCUUACAGUGAAGCACCAACACACCGCCCCCCCAGUAAAACACUCCCUGCACACAGUUAACCCUUUGAUUACCUCUCAUGUUAACCACUUCCUACCCAGUGCCGUUAGUACAGUGUCAGUGCUUUUUUUUAGAACUGAUCACUGUAUUGGUGUCACUGGGUAUGUCAGUGACACCAAGUCAGAAUGUCCACUGCAGUUUCGCAGUCCCGCAGUCCCUCUAUAAGUCGCUG